AUGGCGGGCGGGGCCCGUGAGGUGCUAACGCUGCAGUUGGGACAUUUUGCCGGUUUCGUAGGCGCUCACUGGUGGAACCAGCAGGAUGCUGCGUUGGGCCGACCGACCGAUGCCUCAGAUCCGGCGGAAGAGCUAUGCCCCGAUGUCCUGUACCGGACGGGCCGGACCCUACAUGGCCAGGACACUUACACGCCGCGACUCAUCCUCAUGGAUCUGAAGGGUAGUCUGAGUUCCCUAAAACAGGAGGGUGGACUCUACAAGGACAAACAACUGGAUGCUGCCAUAGCAUGGCAGGGUAAGCUCACUACACACAGAGAGGAACUCUGUCCUAAGAACCCCUAUCUCCAGGACCUGUUGAGUGCAGAGGGAGUGCUGAGUAGUGAUGGUGUUUGGAGGGUCAAAUCCACUCCCAAUGGCAAAGGUCUCCUACCACUCACUACUGCUGAAACUCCAAACCCACUCAUCCCCACAGAGGGCAGCAUCAGAGUUUGGUCAGACUUCCUCCGAGUCCAUCUCCAUCCCAGAAGCAUCUGUAUGAUUCACAAGUACAACCAUGAUGGGGAAACAGGUCGGCUGGAGGCUUUUGGCCAAGGGGAGAGUAUCCUGAAGGAACCUGGGUACCUGGAAGAGCUGGAGGACAGGCUGCACUUCUACGUGGAGGAGUGCGACUACCUACAGGGUUUCCAGAUCCUGUGUGAUCUGCAUGAUGGCUUCUCGGGAGUAGGUGCUAAGACAGCAGAGUUGCUUCAGGAUGAGUACUCAGGGCGGGGAAUAAUAUCCUGGGGCCUGCUCCCUGGUCCCUACACUCUUGAGGAGCCACGAAAAAGCAUCUACCGUCUGUUAAACACAGCUUUUGGAUUGGUGCACUUGACUGCUCACAGCUCUCUCGUCUGCCCCUUAUCCUUGGGCGGAAGCCUGGGCCUGAAACCUGAGCCACCUGUCAUCUUCCCACACCUGCAUUACGAUGCCACUCUGCCCUUCCACUGCAGUGCCAUCCUGGCUACGGCACUAGACACAGUCACUGUUCCUUACCGUCUGCAUUCUUCACCAGUGUCCAUGGUUCAUCUGGCUGAGAUGCUGAACUUCUCUGGGAAAAAGGUGGCAACAGCAGGAGCCACCAUCCCCUUCCCUUCAGACCAGUCCCUUCCUGAUACCUUGGUGCAGCUUGGGGGGCCCACCCCAUGGACCCCGCUGUCAGCAUGUAGGGACCCACGUGGAACACGCUGCUUUGCCCAGUCUGUGGUGCUGAGGGGUCUAGACAGAGUACACCAUACCAGUCAGCUCACCCCAGGGACACCUCUGCCCUCCCCGCUCCAUGCAUGUGCCACUGGGGAAGAAGUCUUGGCACAGUAUUUGCAACAGCAGCAGCCUAGAGCUAUAAGUUCUUCCCAUCUGCUGCUGACUCCUUACAAAAUGGUUCCUCCUUAUCCACACCUCUCCUCAAGCCUCAGCCAGCAGGGUUUAGUUCUGGAUGGUCCUCCCACUAGGGCAGCAGUGGGGAGCAUCCCGGUGUUUGCAGCCCUAAGCUCCUCUUCAUCUUUGCACCAGACCCUGCGAGGUUUGGCCAAAGAGCUCACCAAACUCGACUUGCGGCGCUGGGCCAGCUUCAUGGCUGCUGGAGUAGAACAGGAUGACCUACCGGAGAUGCUGCAGGAGCUACACAGCUUGGCCCAGUGUUACCAGGAUGGGGAUGGCUUCACAGACUAA